CCCCUGUAAAUAGCAUCUGCUCCGUCAGCCACACAAACACACACCCGCACAUCCGUUUUUUUCCCCCUUCUUUUUUUACCGCAGUGCAUCUGCAGCAUCCUCGGAACGCAGCGACAGAGGUUGCGCCGUGGCGCAGGGCGGCAGGAAGAAAACAAAGCACGGCUGAUGGUACAUUUUAUUCAUAGAUUUUUUUCUCCCCCUGUGCGGUUGUGUGAGGCGGUGAGACGCGCACCGUCCUAAUCUGCAAUGUCAGGCCGAAUGAAGCAUCUCUUCUCCCAGCGCAGGGUCAUUAGAUAGGCGAGGUUUCCAUGUGUUUUCACUGCGAGCUUCAGUCGUCGCAGGAAACGGACUCUGACGAGGAGGCGAGGCCUUUGAUUCACCACAGUAGGCGCUGAUUCACUAUUUUCAAUUUAUUUAUUUGCACCGUUUGUGUUACAUAUUUGUAGCCUGCAGCCUGCCUUCAGAUUACACCCCGGAGCGUGCACGUUAUCAAGCCGUGAAUCUAAAUGUAUUGAAGUGAUGCCUUGGUAUGUAGCUGGCUUGUUGCACAUUAUAUAAAACGGUCUUCGAUAAAAGCAGUGCUUUCCUAUUCUAUAACAAAGAAGGGAUAGCAGAGCAUGUGGCCUCAGGCGGCUCCGAUGGCUGCUCUGUGCAUCUCACAUUAGGACAAAAGAACAAGAAAAUAAUCCCAGUGUUUAACUGGAGUUUAACCAGACCGACAGUUAGAACAGAUUAAUAAUGCAGCUUUGGGGUUAAACUCCAAAAAAGCCCCGGUGCAGGAAUCGUCCGUCUCAAAAGCAGCAAUAAUCCCAGGCAACAAAUCCUGCAGCCAACAGGAAACUGUUGCUGGUUAGAGCCAAAGAAGCAGAGCCACGAACAUCACCACGGUACUGUGGAGCUACCUGGACUCCACCAGACCCACUCCAGUGAAUACCUUUUUUUGCACUUUGCAAUGCAUGAUUACCUUGUAGGCACAAACACUUCCAGCGCCCUGCGGUCCCAAACUAUCUUUUGAAUCCUCCGCCCUCCUCGUGAACUCAGAGGAGCUCGUCUGCAAAGGUAAAAGUGCAUUACUGUCAACAUUGGCACUUUUUGAGGACCUGGGUCCAGAAACGCAGCAGCAUCUGUGACAUGGCAACACCACAUGUACUGCUCCUCUCUCUGCUCUGCACGCUGUUGGUGUCCUGGGGCGAUGCGGCCUGUGCAGAGGUGGACUCCGACACGGAGGCCGUGGCAGGAAGAGGCUUCAAACUGGGCUGCAUCUCCUGCAAGAGGAGGAGCGAAGUGGACAGCACGUCCACAGUGGAAUGGUUCUUCAGGCCCAAAGGAGAAGUGGAGUUUGUCCAUAUCUACACCUACAAUGAAUACGGUCAGAACAUUGAGGACGACCAGUUCCUGGACCGUGUGGAUUGGAACGGGAGCAAAACCAGUAACGACAUCCAGGAUGCAUCCAUAUACCUGUUAAACGUGACGUUCAACGACUCGGGCACCUACCGAUGCUUGUUCAACCGCCGCCUCCUCUAUGGACGGUACGAGUACGACACCAACGUCAUCAAGCUAGUGCACCUCACUGUGGUGGCCAAAGCCACCAGGGGGACGGCUUCCAUCGUCUCAGAGGUCAUGAUGUACGUGUCCAUCAUCGGCCUGCAGGUCUGGCUCCUCAUAGAGAUGAUCUACUGCUACAGGAAGAUAGCAGCAGCCGGAGAGGAAGCACUACGAGAAGCAGCAAAUGCUGAAUAUUUAGCAAUAGCCUCGGAGAGUAAAGACAACUGUGCAGGCGUGGAGGUCGGACAAUAGCACAGGGUUCUUCCAUGGACUGAGACCCUCCUUCCACCCUCAGACCUGCAUGAACAGAGGAGACAGACUUGUCCUCGUCACCUCCGACCUCCAACUUACUGUUUCCCCCCCCUCGACAACUACCAUCACAGAUGGAU